GUGCGGGUGCUACACGUGAUACGGGAACGGCGGUGUGCCGAGGCCGCCAUUUUGCGCACCAGGAAGGCGCGUUUUGCUUCUUAAGCUCGCUUCCCUAAUCCUGGCGGUAUCUCGGCUCCCUCCGGCCUCCGAUCUCAGAGCUUUCUCCAGCACACAAACUUUUCCUGUUGCUAGUCCCGGCAUCUGCGCCGCGGCGAGGCCAUUUUCCCUUCCGGGUUGACCUCUUGACCUCUAACUGAAAGGUCAGCUCCAAGGCUUCGAGGUGGGGCCUGGGGUGUGAGCAGGACCGCGCCUGAGCUGUCCCAGGCCAGCCCCGGGCCCUAAAGCCGCACCCGCGGGCGCCUCACGCCAGGUCGAGGCUGUAAUAUCCGCAUGCUGACCCUGUCCCUCUCUGAGUUAACCCCCAACUUCCCCUGCAGGAGCCCUGCACAGCCCCAGGCACGCGUCUGCUUGUCUCCCUGUUAACCGGCUCCUCAUGACUCGAGGCAAUCCCCGCCUCCAUGGCUUCAGAUUUUAGCCCUGGUUUUUUCCUAACGCACUGCUCGGCCCCCAAAUUCCGGAGCGCAACUCUGAAACCUUCAGAUCGGCAUCUCCGAGAUCUUCGGGAAAAGUCUUCCCCUCCUUCCUCAACUCCCGCAGGCCCCAAAAUGGCUGCCCCCGGGGCCCCUACCCUAGGGCCCCCCAGCCCUCCUCCAGAAGCCCCGGUCUCCCCACCUCCUCGCCCACGCCCUCCCCGCGGCCUCCAGGCCCCGGUGCCGCCACCGCCGCCGCCGCCAGCCGCUGCCGUGGGGACGGCUCCACCUCGUGUCUUCGGCCUAGAGAAGAGCCGGCUCCUGCAGGAGGCCCUGGCGAAGGCCGGCCCAGUCCCCACGGGCCGGGAAGACGCCAGGAGGCUCCUGAAGCUGCACAAGGACCGCUUCCGGAGUGACCUGCAGUGGAUGCUCUUCUGCGCCGACCUGCCGUCCCUCAUCCAAGAAGGCCCUCAGUGUGGGCUGGUGGCCUUGUGGAUGGCAGGCACUCUGCUGUCACCCCCCAGCGGCGUCCCCCUGGAGAGGCUGGUGCAGGUGGCCGUGGAGAGAGGCUACACGGCACAGGGAGAGAUGUUCUCUGUGGCCGACAUGGGCCGGCUGGCCGAGGAGACGCUGGGCUGCCAGGCUGAGCUGCUGUGCGGGGGCCUGGGCGGGCCCAACAGGGGCCUUGUCCUGCAGCACCUGGUCGCCGGACACCCCAUGCUCAUCCCGUAUCCCAGCGCCCAGGGGGGAGCAGGUCAGGGGCGGCAAAGGGUGGGUCCAGAGCCCUGCCACGGGUUUGGCCUUAACACCAGCACCAGCUACGACGAGGACUUCAACCACGAGCCGUGUCGGAGGAAGGGCCACAAGGCCCACUGGGCAGUGAGUUCAGGGGUCCUGCUGGGCGUGCAGCACGUACCAAGCCUCAGCUAUGCUGAGGACCCCGAGCUGCCAGGCCUGUUCCACCCAGUGCCCGGCAGGCCCUGCCAGCCGCCGUCCUUGCCAGGGGAGGAGGUCCCCGGAGCCACCUACCUUCUCUCCAAGCAGGGCAAGAGUUGGCACUACCAGCUGUGGGACUACGACCAGAUCCGGGAUAGCAACCUGCAGCUGACUGAGUUCUCACCCUCGCGGGCUGCCGACGGCCAAGUCUACGUGGUGCCCACCGGUGGGGUGCAGGCUGGCCUCUGCGGCCAGGCCCUGCUCCUCAGACCACGGAACUCCUGCCACUAGGUGGGGCCGGGCCCAGGCCACAGCCUGGCUGUCACCACUUAAAGAAUGUUCUAGUCUGACCGGCUAUGGAUGGCCCGAGUUUGAGCCACAUCCCUAUCCCUACAGCACCCACUGACCCCUCCUCUCCAAGGAGAGACACCUCAGACCCCACCCCCGCCCAUCCCACGUGGACAGGGCAUCCACCCCUUUCCCACAAACCACCUCUCCUGCAGCACGGCCACAGGACUGCUUCCCACUCUGCUGCCAGCCUGGCCCACUGCUCCUCGCCUCAGCUCAGGUUCCACUUCCUCAGGGAAGAGCCCUUCUGUGCCGGCUGGGCGCCCUCACCACUUCCUGUCUCCCCCACACCAAGCAGUCACACGCUGACCUCUGCCUGCUGUAACAGCAGUUCCUCUGGCCCGAGGCCGAAGCCUGGAGCAGGAGUCAUGGCCUUAGGCCGCGUGGCCGGCAGGUAGCAGGGUCACCGCAGCCAGGCCUCUUCCUGAAUUUCAACCUGGUGCUGACCACACACUGUUCUCCCUGUACGGUCCCACACGUGCGUGCAUGGGGCAUGUCGAGUAGUUUGUGAAAAACGAGAUUGUAAAAUUUAUUUUGAUAGGAAAAACCUUUGAAGUCCACACAUAGUAUGCAUCUUCAUGAACUUUUUGAAGUCCCCUCAUAUGCAUGGAUUUUGACAUUUUUGCACCAAAAUAAA